UUUGUUUUUUGUUAAAUUUGUAUUGUGCGGCCUCUGCAAGUGGAAAGUUCACGCGCACGCAUACAAGUGCAUAAAAAAUAGUAAAAGACACACACACGCACACUGUGUGUGUGUGUCAGUGUGUGUGUGUGAGAGUGUGUGUAUGUGUGUGGCGGCAGCAGCGCCAACUGCAGCCAUAAAUACACAACGCCAGGAAAAUCGAAUUUGAAACAAAAACAACUGAACGAAACAGAAGCAAUAAGGGAAGAAGAAUACAACAAACACAAUAACAGCUGCAACAAUGUCCAGCACAAUUGAAUUUGAGACAAUUGGCAGCCGCCUGCAAUCGCUGGAGGUUGCGCUGCAGGCGCAAAACGAAUCACAUGAACAAAUCGCCUUAUCGAAUGCGCGCGACGCCGUCGCGCGUGUCUGGCCCACAACAAUAACGGCAGCAGCAACAUCAACAACAACAGCAGCAGCAGCAGCAACACCAAAUGCUGCAGCGGCCGUUAGAGCCGCCGCAGCAGCUGCUGCAGCAGCAGCGGCAACAGCAGAUGCAAGUGUCGCUGCCGCCGCUGCUGCCGCCAACACCGCCACCUCACCCACUAGACCAGCCGCAGUUGGUGCGCUGCCGGCGCCAACGUCGCUGUCGUCAGGCAUCUUUGCUGGCGGUGGAUUUGCCCCGCCCACCAGGAGUCCGCGCACAACGCCGAGUUUGCCCAUACGUGAUUCUGGCUCGACUCGAACGCGCCACAUGAUGUUGCCACUGACAACACAAGCACAUCCCUCGGAAACGGAAACGGACAAGAAGCUGAAGAUGAUCAUGGGCCAAACGGGCAAACUGAACAUUAAUGGGCGACAGUAUCCGACAGAUAUUCACGAUCUGCAGCAUCUGGGGGAUCUGGGCAACGGGACCAGCGGCAAUGUGGUCAAAAUGCUGCACGUUUCCAGCAACACAGUCAUUGCCGUCAAACAGAUGCGUCGCACCGGCAACGCCGAGGAGAAUAAACGCAUUCUAAUGGAUCUGGAUGUGGUGCUCAAAUCGCACGACUGCAAAUAUAUUGUCCAGUGUUUGGGUUGCUUUGUCCGCGAUCCGGAUGUAUGGAUCUGCAUGGAGCUAAUGUCCAUGUGCUUUGAUAAGCUCCUCAAAUUGUCCAAGAAGCCGGUGCCGGAGCCCAUACUCGGCAAGGUCACGGUGGCGACGGUCAAUGCAUUGUCCUAUCUGAAGGACAAACACGGCGUCAUCCAUCGUGAUGUGAAGCCGUCGAACAUUUUGAUCGAUGAGCGCGGCAAUAUAAAGCUAUGCGAUUUUGGGAUUAGCGGCCGCCUGGUGGACUCCAAGGCGAAUACACGUUCCGCUGGCUGUGCAGCCUACAUGGCGCCGGAGCGCAUUGAUCCGAAGAAACCAAAGUACGAUAUACGCGCCGAUGUCUGGUCGCUGGGCAUAACGCUUGUGGAGCUGGCCACAGCACGUUCGCCUUACGAGGGCUGCAAUACGGACUUUGAGGUGCUCACCAAGGUGCUGGACUCGGAGCCGCCAUGCUUGCCCAGCGGCGAUGGCUACAAUUUCAGUCAGCAGUUUCGUGAUUUUGUCAUCAAGUGCCUCACCAAGAACCAUCAGGAUCGACCCAAAUAUCCGGAGCUAUUGGCCCAGCCCUUCAUCAAGAGCUACGAGCUGGCCAAUAUCGAUGUGCCCAACUGGUUUCUGAAUGUGAUCGACUGUGCUGCGGGCAAGCGACUGCGCGCCAAUGGCGACUCCACGUUGACGAGAGCGACGACAACAACAGCAGCAGCAGCUGCUGCAGCAGCCGCAGCCGCAGCAGCAACACGCGCCAAGGAAGCUGCCACAUUGUAUGGAAGAAAUGCGGCGGCAUUGACAGCGCGCAGUCCAAGCAAUACGCAAACGCUUAAGACAAUAAAACCCACACAGAUUCCAAGCUACCAGCAGGCGCCGAAUACGGGUACGGGUACGGGUACGGGUACGCAGUAUUUCAUGCAAUCAGCCACACAACUACCUCAACAACAACAACAACAUCAGCAACAAGCAGCAGCAGCAGCAACAACAACGACAACAUUAACAACAUUGAACAACUUCAGCAGCGGCGGCAGCGGUGGCAGCGGCAGCAGCAGCGCAAGCCCCAUGUCGCCGCCAGGCGGUGGCAGCAGCAACGACAUCAACAAGCUAUAUCGCAAGUCGCCGUUCAUGCAGCGCAAGCUGAGCAAUGGCUCGCACUACAAGUACACGGAUGAGAGUCCCAAAAAGGAGUCUGUAUUCAGCAGCAUUGGUCAAUCGAUAUUGCGCAAUUUGACCACAUCGCCGUUCAGUCAAAAGAGACAUCAACCGAUUGUCACAGCAACAACGCCAAUUGCAGCAACAGCAACAACACCAAUAGCAACAACAACUGCAACAACAAUAACAACACUGCCGCAUACUAAAGCCAAAACGCCGACCGAGCUAAUGAUCACGCCCAAAUGGCGUCUGCCAGCAGGGCAAAGAUCGUUGCCGUACGACACCUGUGAUAGUAGAAUUGAUAAUGUCAGCGCCCUCGGCUCGCCCACGCUGCAGCCCAAAAGCCUGAUAACAGAGCCAACGAUACCGACAGCAACGACGGCAACAACACUGCAGCUCAACAAUCAACAACAACAACAACAGCUGCAACAGCAACAACAACAACAACAACAACGCCUGCAGCCUGGCAAUCAGAGUCCCAUAGUGCUGCAGCGUUUCUAUCAUCAGCAGAAUCAGCUACGCGAAAAGGAGGCGGCCGAGCGGCAACAACAUCAUCAGCAGCAACAUCUGCAGCAGCAGCAGCAACAUCAGCAGCAGCAACAUCUGCAGCAGCAGCAACAUCAGCAGCAGCAGCUGCAGCUGCAACAUCAUUAUCAGCCGCUGCCGCAACAUUAUCACUUUCAUCAGCCGCCGCAGACGACGCCAGCGCCAGCGCCGGCGCCUCCGCCGUCGCGUCCUGCGCCUUUAAUUGGCACCAGCACGAAUCCGUUUCACAGCAACUAUGUGGCGCCACCCUCCUCGCACUCCACAUCUAGUCAGUCAUCGACGCAGUCGACGUGCUCGCAAAUAGCCAUCGGCGCAGCGCCAGCGUCGCCAUGUGCCACAGCAGCUGGACACUUUGGCGUCGGCAAUGCGACGCAGUUGCAGUAUCAGCCGCUGCCGCUGACACCAACGCCAACGCCAACAACAGCUACAGCAACAGCAACAACAACAACAACUAGCGACAACAUUUUCUACAGCAGCUUGCCCCGUAGAUCACCAGAGCAACUGCAGCCGGAUUAUGUCAGCGGCAGCGGCGACGUUGGAGGAGUUGGUGGAGGAGCUGUUGCUGCUGGUCUUCAGGUGGGCAGCAAGCUGAGCAAAUUGUAUGCGCGUCGCCAGCUAAUUGGCCAGACGAGCAGCAGCAGCAAUAAUCUAGAUGCCAGGGACAAGCAUGUGUACUCCAGCAAUGCGGAUGCGGGCUGGUUCAAUACAAUCGCCGGCGCCAUGAAGCGACAAUUUGCGACCUAUGUUAAAACCCAAUUGAAUUCCACAGCGACGGCAAUGCCAACGCCAACGGCAACGGCGCCCAAUGUCAAUGGGAAUGAGCAGCUGUGCGGCUUGGAGCCGGCGCUGGCGCCGCAACCACCGCCUCCGGCUUAUCGCAGCAUUAUUAACAAUGGAAGCAGCGGCCAUGCGACAGGCAAAUCCUAUUACUAUCGGACGCUGUCCGCGGCGAGCAGCAGCAGCAGCCACAAUACCAGCCAAAGCACCUCACCCACCACGGAGCCGCUGACGGGCAGCGGUGCAGCCGGCGUUACGGCAGCCUCUGCCGCUGGCCAUGUGCUCGCGACGAGCGGCUUUUUGCGACGUUAUGCCAGCAGCGGCGGUGUGGCCGGCGGCGGCGGCGGCGGCAGCAGCAGCAGCAAUAGUACACCGCCCAGUCCUCAUUUGCUGGCCGGCCUGGAUAGGCGGCAUCGCAGUCCGGAUCCGCCGCCGCGCUACAAUCGCGGCCAGUCGCCGCUGCUGCUGCGCAAAAAUCUGCUCGAGCUGAGUGGCCAGCCGCCGGGCUCACCGCUGCUGCAGCGACGCUAUGUCUCGGCAUCGCCGCCAUUGCCGCCGCCGCGUCGCGGCUCGGAGAGUGUGCCCGGCUCGCCGCAACAUUUCCGCACGCGCAUCCACUAUACGCCCGAGCCGCAGCGACGCAUCUAUCGCACCAUAGAUCAAUGAGUGGCACUGCAAAUAAUGGUCAUGUGAUGUUGGUAUGGAUUCGACGAUGAUGUGGCGCCCGAUGAGCCGGCAGCUGCUGGCGACAGCUGCAGCACGGCGACAACAACAGCAGCAGCAGCCACAAACACAGCAGCACCAACAGGCGUAGCACACAGACGCUCGACGCUGGACUUGUAAAGCGACAGCAACAACAACAACCAACAACCAACAACCAACAACCAACAAUCAACAACAACAACCAACAACAACAGCAAUCGAAAGUGUUCAAAAGUCGUAUAUAUAACAUUUAAAUUUUAGUCCGUAGCUAGGCUUUGCGUUGUCUUUUAAUGUUAAUUCAGCUAGUUCACAAAAUGUUUCUGUUUUAAUUUAUAACAAAAUCAAAUUUUUUUUUUUAUUAAUUUAAUUCUUAAUUGUGUGUGUGUGUGCGUGUGUGUGCUUGAGCGUGCGUGUGUGUGUAUAUAGGAAUUGUUUUAGGCAACAAACAAAACAACAAUCAAGUUAAAAAUUGUAACUGCAAUAUAUCUAGCCAUAUAUCCAGCAUAUAUAUGCAUAUAUAGCGCAUACAUAUAACUGAACUAAUAGCCAAAAUUGAACACUGUGCCCUAUAUAACUAUAUCUAUAUACAUAUAUCUUUAUAUAUAUGUCUAUAAAACAGCUUUUUUCUUGUUUACAUAUGCUCGUAUAUAGUCGCAUAUUUAUAUAGUUGUAUAUAUGGUUAGGCCCAUGUAUUCAGAUGCUGAGACAACAAUAAUAGUGCAAUAGUUGAAUUUCUCGAGCAACAUUUGAUUUGAGCUUUUGACGUAGCUCUAUAAACAUUUGAUCUAAACAAAUCUAAAUAGUUAAAUAUCUAUGUACUAUAUGCAAAACAGAUGUAUAACAACUUGAUCGGCACGGAAUGCCUUUUCAUUCAUAUCCAUAAAAAACAACACAUAUAUACUAUAUACUUGAUAUAUAGCUCCGUUUAUUUGUAUUAUUAUGUAUUAUUUGCUUUGUUAUAAUAGAAUUCUAUAUAAAACAA